CACAUGGCUCUCUGUUGGCAGGAGGUGACAGUGAACCUGUUAUGUAAACGGCCGUUCCUGGAGAGACAGACCACGUACACAGAAUGUUGUUGCCGAUACGGUGAAGCCUGGGGAAUGGACUGUGCCCUUUGCCCUGCCAGAAACACAGAGUAUCACAAUGAGUUGUGUAAUUACCUGAGUAUGCCUCUGAGUGAAGAUGAGGAUUUUUCUCAAGGGCUGGAAUAUGAAAACUAUGAGCUACCAAAUGGGCCUGAAUUCCCCCCAGAUUCUCUCAGUCGUUAUCGCCCACGAGGAUAUGUUCCAGUUCCACCUCAGAUUGGAGAUGGGCGUGACUACAGACCUCCAGAACGCGAGCCAUUUCUGCCACGGGAUUCCCUGCCCAGGCGCCCACCAUAUGACUCCCGUCAGCUGCGCUCUGGGACAGCCUACAGGAGGCAGAGCUCACCCAACCGGCGUCGCUACCAGACCCAAAGUAGGCAGCUGGGACAGGGCUACAGCACUCGAAGCAUCCAGACACAUGUCCCAGAUCGAGAGGCAGACCAACCCUGGCGUCGCUACCAGCUCCGGGAACCUGUCCGAGCUGCUCCAGAAUUCCGAUCUCCCAGUGUCCCCCUCCUCGUCAGCAGCAAUGAGGAAUAUGACAACCAGUUCCAACGUUAUGAGGGUCUGCAAGCUGAGGAAUGUGGGAUCCUGACCGGCUGUGAGAACGGGAAAUGUAUCCGUGUCCCUGAAGGAUUUACCUGUGCCUGUGAUGACGGUUAUCAACUCGACAUGACCAAAAUGGCGUGUGUCGAUAUAAACGAAUGUGAUGAAGUGGAUGACCCGAAGACACUCUGCAGAAACGCAAAGUGUGCAAACACUGACGGUUCUUACCGAUGUAUCUGCUUACGGGGUUACGUGUUGUCACGGCAACCCAACUACUGUGUACCAGUGGAGCAGAGAGCAUGAAGAAAGCAGGCCCGUGAAACCAAAGAUUCAGACUAGCAAUCAAUUCCACGUUUAUCAGACAAGGGGAGUGUUGUAGAAUAAGAGGGUGGAAGGUAUUUAUUUAAUUGCUAUUUAAUUGAUAUUGGACAACACCGAGGAAGGAAUGUAAUAAAUGCCCAGCCCCAUGAAAUGAGAUAGACAUCCCUGAAUUGUGCCAUUCAGGCUCUCUACCCAAAUCUUUAAGCAGGUUUCUGUUGGGCUUCAACCCAAUGGCUGGAAGAUUCAGUCCCAUUCCCUCACAUAGCGAGGAAUUCGGAAUGUCUUUCUCAAUCACAAAAACACAAAAAAGAUCCCAGGUGUCAUUUGAAAUACCUACUAGUCUGUUUUAUAACAGACUAUAACAGUUUUAUAACAGACUGAGGUUGAAUUAAGAUGUUGCCAGUCACUGUGUUGCUUUAUCCCUGAGAAGCUCCUGCCCUUUGGAGAAAUGAUUUUUCUCACUGUGUAUCUAGCAGGGAUGUAAACAGAAAGAACCCCACCUGCCAAUCUCCUUCGCUCCUGUGCUCUCCUGCUAUACCCAGCACCACAACAAACCUUUAGUGCUUCUCAUUCACUCUGAGACAGUGAAGGUGACGAGCCAUUCGAACAGUGAAAGAGGCACCCAAGCUGAAUGACCCAAUAGGCAGUGGCAUACACUGGAUGGUGAUGAGGUGUGGGAGACUGCACUGAUUUCCUCCUCCUUGCCCAGGGGAUGUUAAACAUCCAACAGCAUCAGAUUGUGCAGCAAAGACGGAGAUCAAAGCUGAACUGUAAACCUUAGUGAGCAUCCGGUAGAAACUUGAUUUGGCAGCAGUUCAUCAGCCUCUCUCGGAGAAAUCACUGAAACACUGGGCUCGCAGAGAUGGUAAAGUUUGCCGUAAUCUGAUUUACAUUUUAGAUCUGGUAAAAUCUCCCACUGACCUGACGUUUUCCUCAGUUCUAAUGACUGAGUAUGGAUCCUGGAACUUGAUUCAAAAGUGUGAACAUCUCUAUGCUCUUUUGAUGCCUUCUGUAAAUCCCACCUACUUCUAAUCACGCUCUCUCUCUGAGUCAAUGCUCAUCUUCCUGUCAAUGGCUGUGAUAUGUAAUGGGGCAGUUUCUACAAUCAAAACAGCAUGAUGUUGUAAAAUGUUGCCAUUCCUUGUCCAUCCAAUCCAUAUUGAGCCCAGUUUGAGAUUUUGAUAAAUCUAAGCCUGCUACAUCCUGACCCUCUGCUUCUUUAUCAACUUCUUUUCCAUUCUUUGCAAUCACAGCAAGUGUAGACAUUAGACCUUGCAUUUUCACCUUGAUUUCUCAAAGAAAGUCAAUUUGCAGAAAUGAAUGGGGGUUAGGAAUCCCAUAAUGACCAUAAUGACAAUUAAAUACAUAAUCUUAACCUCAAGAGGCUGCUGGACUUUCAUUAGCCAACAUCCCUCUGUCUCCCCCAUUCAAAAAUGAUCAUGUAGUGAUACCACCACAACCAAUCCUAGACUUUAGAUCGAAUCAGAGAU